UGUAACUGCCAUCGUAGCUGUCAUAUCAGCGAUCAUACAGAGAACUGCUUGACACCUCAAACAAAUGGAAACGCAGGGGAAACACGAUCAUCUCACUAGUUUAUUUUCAUAGUCAUGUGGCACCGUGUAAACAAUAAGGUUAUUACCACCACGUCCCUUGCGGAGCACAAGUUAAAGCUAACGGUAGCUCUGUUGUGUGGAAAGCGCGUAUUUGGAAUAGGCUUGAAUAUAAUAGCGCAGUGUUUAUUAUUGUAGUGUUCGGCGUGUGAAGUAGGCUAUAUGGGAGAGCGUGUUUAUUCGUUCGCUUGGCGAUUUUUGUCGUGAUAACGGAAGAUAUUUAUAGGUCUGACAAAGGGCAUCGGGCUCUUUGUUUAUAAACAUCCCUCUUCCGUCCAGACCCGAGCCUGCUCCAUUGAUGCACCCUUUCCAGUGGUGUAACGGGUGUUUUUGCGGUCUGGGCCUGAUCUACUCCAACAGAACCUGCACCAUGACGUCUCCACCCAUCACCUUCCACGACCUGCCACUCAACAUCUACAUGGUGAUCUUCGGCACAGGCAUCUUCGUCUUCGUCCUCAGCCUCAUCUUCUGCUGUUACUUCAUCAGCAAACUGAGACACCAGGCACAGAGCGAGAGGUUUGGCUACAAGGAGGUUAUUUUGAAAGGUGACAGUAAGAAGCUGAGUCUGCACGGGCAGACGUGCGCCGUGUGUCUAGAAGAUUUCAAGGUGAAGGAUGAACUGGGGGUGUUGCCAUGCCAACAUGCCUUUCACAGGAAGUGCCUGGUGAAGUGGCUGGAGGUCCGCUGUGUGUGCCCCAUGUGCAACAAGCCCAUCGCCGGCCCCCCAGAGCAGCAUCAGAGCAUCGGCACCCUGCUGGAUGAGCUGGUGUAGCCGCGGAAACAAACCGCCGCAAACCGCCGGAAAUUGCUGCAAACCGCCGGAAAAAGACUGAGCAACAACACACGGGCAUCAGCAGAUGCCACGCCCGAUCUGGUGCAUCUUUCUGCCAGGGAGGGGGAGGGGACGUACUGUAGAGGAGGAUGGGCCAUACAAGACCACACCUCCUCCCUCCACCCCACUGUGGCCCCCACCAGAGUAAACCUCCUCAGCCCCCACCCACUCCUCCCCACAGCCCUGUCUACUCCCUUUGAGGACCCUCCCCCUCCCCCAACCCCAUGCCCCACCAUCCACUGUUGCAAUGUGGCCCCCACCAGAAAUAGACUCCUCCUCCACCAGAGACAGACUCCUCCCCCACUAGAAAGAGAGAGACUCCUCCUCCACCAGAGAGACUCCUCCCCCACUAGAAAUGAGAGAGACUCCGCCCCUACCCGAGAGAGACUCCGCCCCCACCAGAGAGAGACUCCUCCUCCAUCAGAGAGAGACUCCUCAGUCCUCCACCCCCCCCUUGCCUCCAGCACUACAGCCUCUUACGGACAGGGAGAGCAGGAGGGGG